GCAAGAACACGAUGGUUGCGAGUCAAGGUUUUAAUUAUCGAUGAAAUAUCCAUGAUAAGUGGUAGACUUUUAGAUCUGUUGGAUCAAAUUGCGAGGAAGGUACGACUAUCCAAUGCUCCGUUUGGUGGUAUACAGGUUGUCUUCUGUGGAGAUUUUUAUCAGCUGCCUCCUGUUGCAGAUCACACAAAGCCAAACGAUGAUUUUGCAUUUAAAGCUCGAUGUUGGAAAGAUUUGAACAUGAAAGUGAUGCUCCUAAAAUCGUUCUUUCGUCAAAAGGAUUUUAAAUAUUAGAGGCUAUAAGACAUGGAGAAUUAUCAAAUGAAAUAGCGCAAGAAAUACAGACGUUAAGCCGUCCUCCAACAGUCAAAAUCGAUAUCAGC